ACACAGUCUCUCUUCAUUCGCAUUUACCAUGGCCCCCAACGACCCGUACACCGCAAAGGCCGAGAAGGGCGACUCGGAGACUCCCGCCUCGCAGAAGUUUGAGGAGCUGCGCUCGAUCGUCAAGGAGUGCAAGUUCGGGCUGCUCGUGUCGCGCUCCAAGGACGGCCACCUGCACUCGCGCGCCAUGUCGCCCGCGUCGCACCAGGGGCUCGUCUUCUCGUUCAUCGCCAACGAGGACUCGGGCAAGUUCGACGAGCUCGAGAACGACGAGCACGUCAACAUCUCGUUCUCCGACAGCGGCUCGACCGACUGGGCGUCGGUCGCCGGCAAGGCGCGCGUCACGAAGGACGAGAAGACGAUCAAGGAGCUCUGGAACCCGAUGAUCAAGUCGUGGUUCGGCGACCUGAAGGACGGCGUCCGCACGGGCGAGCCGGGCGACCCUCGCAUCGCCGUCAUCCAGGUCAUCCCCGACGAGAUCCGCUACUGGAUCAAGACCCGCACGUCGCUCGGCCAGACCGUCGAGGUGCUCAAGGGCGCCAUCACGGGCGAGACGGCCGCGCCGGGCAACCUCCGCACCAUCUCGAGCGCCGAGCUCGAGCUCGCCAGGCAAGUCGAGGGCUCCAAGGCUUGAGCGCGACCAGGCGUAGACUUUGUGUUGCACAGUCCCUUGUUGAGCAGUGUGUCGAAAUUUCCACAAACGCAGUUUUUCCUUC